UUUAGAAAGUGCAAUGGACGAAUAGAAAUUUUUAGUCAAAGCUAUUGUGUGAAUAGUUAAUUAUUAUUUGAAGAACUGUUUAUUUUUUUUAUUUAAAGUCGAGUGAUUAAUGCUCCAGCCAAACAAUGGAUCUGACAACUGGUUUGCAACAAAUUCAAGAUAAAUUCAAUGCUAUUAAAAGAAUCAGUGGACAGUAUUUAAUACAAGAGGAUAUUCUUGAUAGUAUUAUUGAUGUUAGUCAGAUGCAAUUUGACAACGAUGAAACUUGGUUGUAUUCUUGCAACAAUGCACCCACAAAAGAAAUCACAAACCUGUCAGAAUGGAUGUACAACAAUUCAUCAAGCAAGCAAUCUCAGCACCACGAAUCGAAGUCGUUGUUCUCAAAAAGCGACAAUCAACGCAACAUAGACACGCGCACGUUCACACGUCCAAAAAAAAAAUUUACCCGUCCCAGCAUCGAAAAAUACAACCAAGAACUCUACGGAAUCGGCGACAGCCUUGAAACUGUGGAUAGCUGCGCAGAGGGCGCAACGCAACCUCUACACUUCGAUCUGGCGCAGCCUACUAGCAGCUAUUACUUCGAGAACAUUGUGGCGAAGGCGAACAAUGAAGAGAAGACGUUUCAGAACAUGUCGCCGCCCUCAUUAGUAAACUCAAUAUGCUCAUCCACCUUUGCCAACUUGAUGGAAAGCAGCUUUAUAAAAAACGAUCCGGUUUUGAGGGAGAUCAGGGAUAAAGAUUACACUGAUUCGAUUUUGUUACAAGAUUUGGAACCACCUAUGUUUCAGUCAAUUACGGAUAGUUUCAGUAGCGUUAAUUCGGAUACGCCGGAAAGUUUUUUGAAAAAGCAUUCCUUUAAUGCAUCCAAAAGGGAGAAUAGAAGCGGGGGUGAGAAAAUUAAUACGACGUUCGAUUUAAACGCUGGAGAGAAUAAUAACACUUAUGUUAAUGUUUCUGAAACUUCCACUUUGUCGCCGCCCUCAUCCGUCAAUUCCUUGUGCUCUUUGACCUUCACCAACUUGAUGGAGAGCAGCUUUAUCAAAAACGAUCCUGUUUUGAAGGAGAUUAGGGAUAAAGAUUACAUAGAUUCGGUUUUGUUGCAAAAUUUGGAGCCGCCUAUGUUUCAGUCGUUUACCGAUAGUUUUAGUAGCCUUAACUCGGAUUCGCCUGAGAGUUUUCUGAAGAAGCAUUCGUUUAAUGCGUCCAAAAGAGAGAAUAGCAAUGACAUCGAGAAAAUUAACACGACGUUUGAAUUGAACGCUGAAGAGAAUAAUAACAGUUUUGUUAAUGUUGUUGAACGUGUACUUCAAACUACAUAUCAACAACAACAAUCUAUACUAUCCAACGAACGCCAGAAAGAGCGAUCUUCGGACAGCAGCUACGGCGCUACCUACCGGCGCGUAAAGCACAGCCACACUUUCCGCAAGUCGGACCUGCGAAGCGACACGCUGAACGCCACCUACCAGAUGUCGCCGAACGACGUUGUGCUCGUGCAAGACGAUGCCGAUGCGGACGUGCUGAGCGCUACGCAAACCGUUAUAGCGGGCGACGUCACCGUUACCAAGGAGAACAGCGAGAUUCUGCGCAGGCAGCUGAACGGCACCUUGAGGCAAAUCAACGACAUGAACAAGUUCGGCUAUAAGGAUCAGGGAAGGGAAGACGGAUACGGGGAGGAGAACCUCGAUGGAUACUUGAAGAGGAACUCGAUCGGGUCGGCUGAUAGUUUGGAUAGGAUGAGCAGCUUGUCGAAUAGCAGCCGAGGGUCCAAUAAAAUGCUGAAUAUGGCCGAUGUGGACGCUAUAGUGGAGAGGCAGGAAAAAAGCUUGCAAUGUACAGUAUCGACUCCCAAACCAGGAGCGGCCACAAAAAAAUGGAACCCAAAUUUCAUAUCGCCCAUUGUGCCCAUUGUCCCCAUGUCCGAUUCGGAUGGCUAUUCGUCCAACGAGGAGUACAAGAGCGCCAAAUCGACAUCGUCGAAAACCUCCAUGGAGAACCAAAAUCAGCUCAAGUCAAUUAAAAGUCUGAAUUUCGCGAACGUUAAAGUCGACGCGAAAAACCGAAAACCCCUGCCCAAAAACAUUUUUACAGCUCCUAGUGCACCAAAAAUGCCACAAGCUUUAAGAGCUAGCAAUUUACCGGGUACUCAGUCGAAUCUGAAAACAAUGGGACAAAAAUUAAGAGGUUCUUACACCAGUUUAAGGCCAAUAAGCCAGUACUUGCCUGUGGCGCCCCCGCCUUUGUCAAAGACAGGACUAAACACCACAGCUACUUUGAUUAAAGCAUCAAAUCCAAAUGUCACGCAGAAUAUCGACAGCCCUUCCAAAGUUGCAGAGGUGCACCCUAUCCCUAGAGUACCCAGUAACGAUGCUAGUUUAAAACCCCGUAUGAGCGGACUUCCCAGGCCUAUUUCCAGCGGCCUACCGAGGCCAGUAUCUAAAAUACCUGGCAUACGAAGCAAUUUCAGUUUAAAUAUCGGCAAAAAUAUUAAAAUGUCAGAAAAAGAUUCAGAUCAAGAAAGUUUUAAAGAUAAACAUACUGAAGAUGAAUUGUCUUACAAUUUAAAAACCAAAUUAUCCACUAAAAAUAGUAGUGCCGGCGAAGGUAAUAAUUCAACACUCAGCGACUAUAAUGACGAGGCGUUUGAAGAUUGCAGUGACGACGAAACCGAUUUUUCAGAUAAUCUGAGUUCGAUUUACGAAGUCUUUCACGGCAUCCAACCCUUUAAGUACGUCGAUCAAACAAAAACAUUCACCCCAAAUCAACUGAACGAAAUCGAAAGAAAAAAUUCCAUUUUAAUGAACAAAAUUCUAGCAAAUAACAAAAGAAAAAAUAAGUACAAUGAUCCGCCAAAAUUUUCCGAUGCCAAACAAGUUUCUUCUGCUGCUAUUAAUAGGAAAAAGAAGCAAGAGAAGAUUGAUAGAGAUAACCAGGAAAAUAUUAAUACGAUUUGUUUGCAAGCUUUAAUAAUUGCGAUGCAUUUUGGAAGUUUAGUUUUUUGGUUAGUUUUGAAUGUGUCGUGGAAAAAUGUUUUUUGUGAACUGGAAUAUGCGGAAAAACCCGGUAAUGUCAACCCCAGGGAACCUGUUCAAAGUACUUAUUAUUCCUCCAGUGACUUAACCUACGAUAAAAGUAAUAAUGUUUUAUAUGAAACUUGUAAUAUUCAUGAUUUUGCCUGUCUGGCAAUGGCGGCUAGUGAUAAAUUAGGAUUAGAAGCAAUAAAAUCCCUGCACACAAAACUUGACGAUGAUGCCAAUGGUAACAUCGACCUAUCUGAAUCAGACGAUUUUUUACGUGAAGAGUUGAAAUACGAUUCGGGCUACGAGAAGAGGCAGAAGGUUUUCCACAAGAACGACAUGCAAAUAUCGGUAAAGGAGUUGUGGGAGGCGUGGCUCAAGUUGGCAGCCAAUAAUGAUCACUAUUUGAGCGGGAUCGGGAUAAAGGAUCCCAUACACAAGCAGAAAAUUUCGCUCAAGGCUAUGGAUGUCGUUCUAUUUGGACCCCCUAAAGAAGUUCCACAUUGGAAGGACCUAACUCUGAUCUUCCUCACCAUCGUGGGCGGCCUCGGCGUCUACUACGCUUUCCAGCAAAACAAAAAGUUCAAGAUACACUUGCACCGCAUGAACCGUGACAUGGACAGCUUGCAGAACGCGGAGCGUGCCUUGGAGAACCUGCAGAAGGAGCUCGAAGUGGCCAAGCAGGCACAGGAGGAGGUUAGGAGCGAGAAGCAGGAUUUGGAGAAGAAGCUGGACGGCCAUUUGCCUAGUUCCAGUUCCGAUUUGGAGAUGUUGAGAACCGAGCUGCAAAUAGCAGAAGGCGAACUAAAAGAUAAAUGUUGGGCUCCGCCACUUGGUUUGCAACAGUGGUUGCAAUUAACACACGAAGUGGAAAACAAAGGUUAUAUUAAAAAGAAGAUUUCUGCCGAAAAACAACUACAGCAGGCUAGAGAAGCGUGCGAAAAACUUCGCAAGAAACGUUCGAGUCUCGUUGGCGCAUUCGUGUCGACGCACGGCAAAUCGAUCGACGAAGUCGACAGAUCGAUUGUCGAAGCUCGUACGGCACUUAACGAAGUAACUCAGGAACUGCAGGAACGCGUGCACAGGUGGAAACAGAUCGAGAUGCUGUGCGGCUUUAACAUUAUUAACAACAACGGCAUCAGCUAUUUAGAAAACGCACUCUACAAUCGACCUGUCAACGGAAGAGCAAUAGGUCUUAAAGGGAGAAUGGCUAGUACUGAUGAUCUUGAUGACGAAACUAGUUCCCUCUACCAAGGGUAUGCGGAUCAGAUCCAGCUGUACCAGUGGAAAGAGGGCGACUCGUCGGAAAGUGAGAACAGCAAGAUGGAGGACGAGGCCUACGUCUCUGCGUCCGAUGUCAACAAACACCAAACCACGGGAACUGUCAGCUUUAUUUUAGGAGGAGAAAAUUCACCCGACGAACCAAUUAUUGUCCGUCAACCAAAAAUUAGCAAAUUUUUUUCGAACCCGAGGAGCAUAAGCAAUAACGAAAUCAACCUGACCUCCUUAAAGCCAAACAUGACUCGGUCGUAUUCGAACGACACGAACAUGAUGACUAUGGACGGUGGAGGCUCGAAACCCAAGGUUUCUAUAUCGGAGCCGGCUUUGGAAAAUGCCAGCAGAGGCCUGCCGAAGUCCAAUAAAGAUAUUCAGUACAGUUCCAUUGAAGAAGACGUUUGUUCGACGGACUCGUCCCAGAUGGAAGACGAUUUAAAGAAGAAGAAACGAAAAUUAUUUAGUUUUUCGAAAAAGGGCAAAACUAAAGAUUGAUCCUAGUUGAAUUUAUAUUAUUUAUAAUUUUAUUUAUGUUUAACCCGUUAGCAGUUAGAUGUGUACUUAGUACCUUUGCAGGGACUACCUCAGUUUUUGGUGGGUUUAUUUCAGUAAUUGCUAUGAAAUUGGAUAGUUUAAGUAAAGUACACUAUUGUCUUCCAGUAUCCAAACUAAAUUAUCCAUAAAUAUUUAGUUACCAAAAUUAUUGAGUACUUAAAAUUAGGUUUUUUAAAGGGGACUUAAAGUUAUAAAACUAAAUGAUAUAUUUGUACCUUUUACAAGCAUAUAGGUAGGAUUGUUUGUAUAUUGAAAUAGCUGUAAAUAAUAAAUUAAAUUGCAAUACUUUAUUAUUAUUUUGCAUAAAGAUAAAUAUCGUUUAUUAAAAUGUUUUUUUCUCAAUUUAAG